CCUUUAAGACGAUGUGUUGAGGAGUUCACGUCGGGGUCACUUGAAGUUCCUGCCCUCGAUUUUACCUUUUAGUUUUAUUAUAGACUGACAUCACACGGGGCGCUAAAACACUUAAGGCGCACAGAGGCUCCAUUAUCAUCUCGGUCCGCGUUAUUGGGCAAACUCAAAAAUAGCUAAGGAAAUUAAGAGAGACAGAAAGAAAAGAGAGAAAGAAAAGAAGGUGGGGGGGAGAUGAUGCUGGUGCGAGCAUAUAGGAAUAUAUAUGUUUUUUUUUCUUAAAGAAUAAGAAAGAGAGGCGGGGCAGUGAGAGACAGUGGGAGGAGGAAAAACGUAGGUGGGAGGGAGGACGGACCCAAGGAGCGAGAAGAAAUUCAUAUCAAUUAAUAAUCAUAAAAAAAGAAGAGAGAGAGAGAGAGGGAGGGAGAGCGAGACACACAGAGAGAGAUAGAGAGAGAUAGAGAGAGAGAGCUGGCAGACGCGCUCGGAAAACUGGCAUGGGUUUUUGGAGGCUGGCAGUUGAACACUGAAACGUCAGAUAUGACUCCCAGAUACUGCUGAGAUGAUCAUUAAGGGAGACUUAGAUCGGAUGGCAGAAGACAUCGGGCAUGCAGGUGGUGGACUGAAGACUAUGCUGGAUGCCAUGGAAGUUCCAAGUCAUGCUAGGGAUCUCCUCCUGCAGCUCAACAGCCAGCGCACCAAAGGCUUUCUGUGCGAUGUCAUCAUUGUGGUGCAGAACGCGCUCUUCAGAGCUCACAAGAACAUUCUGGCCGCCAGCAGCCACUACUUGAAGUCCCUGGUGGUCCAUGACAAUCUCAUCAACCUCGACCACGAGAUGGUGAGUCCAGCCGUCUUCAGGGUCAUCCUGGACUACAUCUACACCGGGCGCCUCAGUGAGGGAGACCCCACGUCUCCCACUGAACCCAAUCUGGGUGCCGUCUUGGCAGCGGCCAGCUAUCUGCAGCUGCUUGACUUGGUGGCUCUGUGCAAAAAGAAGCUGAGGAGAACUGCGAAGUACCCUCCCCGUCACGGUCCCGCAUUUCUACCUUACCCAAAAAUGGGGCCCAGCAGCAUGGGUUUAGGAGGUGGAGGCAGGUAUAGGGUUUCUACUCCUGUGAUUCAGUCCUGUCCUCCGGGGGGGAUUCUUAACACACCCAGGGCGCCGUCGCUGGAUGAGCUGGUCCCCCAUCGAAUAACCAUCCAUAGCGGCGAGCUGUAUGCCCCCACUUCCAACCAGACCUCUCAGGUGUUCCCAUCUCUGCCUGCUCAGCUGGGACGCCCUGGCCACGCCGAGAGGAACUGCUCCCCCAGCUUCGGCCUCGAUCUUUCCAAAAAAAGCCCCACCUCCCAGUCUCAGCACAUACCCUCUCAAACCCAUAUGGCAAACAGUCACAGCAAUGAGGAGAGGGAUGGAACUCUAAGUGGAGCCACUAGUCCCAUUCAAGGGGCAAAUGCGAGAGCUUUUAUGUCUGAAAAGAUGGAGUCUGUCGACCAGGCAGGUUCCCUCACCCCUCCACCUUUUCCCCACCUAAAUCAGCCCUUAGCCCCCCACCUGCCUCAUCUACAUCGCUCAGGUUCCCAAGGGACAGACCGCUACCCAUGCCCUGCCAGCCCUGACACCCCGACAGAAGGUGGAGAGGCAGGAAGAGAAAUGGGAAACAUCUACCGCUGGGUGAAACACGAGCCCCUGCCGUAUGCUGGCGAAGAUGAAGACGAGGAUGAAGAUGAAGAGGAAGGGGCUGAGAAUGGGGACCAGCAUCACAAUCAUCACAAGCCAGGGGAGGAGAGCGAAGGCGUGGACGACAAGAGUGGCUCUGGCACGGAGGAGACGGGCAGCAGCGAGGGCCGUCCAUCCCCUACUGGCCCCAUCGGGAGAUUCCAUAUGCCGUACGAGCCCGAAAGCUUCGGGGACAAUUUGUACGUCUGCAUCCCCUGCGAUAAAGGCUUCCCGAGCUCAGAGCAGCUCAACGCACAUGUGGAGACGCACACAGAGGAGGAGCUGUACAGCUCUGUUGGGGAGAUGGGGAACAACAACAACAGUGGCACCAAAGGCAUUGGCGGCAACACAAACGGUUACGGAAGCCUUAACAGCGGCAACACUCCAAACAGCAUGUCGCAUCUGGAGACCAAAUCUGACCAGGGCCUGAAUUCGGGAACCAUUGGGGAAAUGAUCAGACCAUACCGCUGUUCCAACUGCGACAAGUCUUACAAAGACCCAGCCACGUUGCGCCAACACGAGAAGACGCACUGGCUGACGCGGCCUUACCCUUGCAGCAUCUGCGGCAAGAAGUUCACACAGCGCGGCACCAUGACGCGCCACAUGCGCAGCCACCUGGGCCUCAAGCCUUUCGCCUGCGAUUCAUGUGGGAUGCGCUUCACUCGCCAGUACCGCCUCACUGAGCACAUGCGCAUCCACUCUGGGGAAAAGCCCUAUGAAUGUCAGGUGUGUGGGGGGAAGUUUGCCCAGCAGCGCAAUCUCAUCAGCCACAUGAAGAUGCACAGCGGUGGGGGGACUGGAGGCGGCCUGACGGCAGAUGGGAAGCUGAAGCUGGACUUUGCAGAGGGCAUAUACCCCCUGAGCAAGUACGCAGCGGAGCACCUGGGGCUGAAGCAGGAAAAGGCCAACGAGCUUCUCAUUCAAGCGCAGCAGCAACUGGUGGCAGACGCAAAGGCCAUCGAGAGCCUCUACCCGCUCACCAAGCUUGCAUCGGAGCAUCUGGGCCUCACCCAUGAAAAGAUGGACAUCCUGGGCCAACCACUUCCCCCUCCUCCCCUGCCAAUCUCUGACAGCCGAACCAUUGACCGCUACUCGCCCAGCUAAGACAUUUGAUAUGUGAAGGUGGCAAUCACAGACAGGUCUGCGCGCACUCACAGUUUGCAGUAUUCGAAAGCCAUUCACCUCAACUCCAUAUCUUCCUCUGCACCUCAGACUCAGGCCCGGGUGGAACUGGGCCUGCUCAUGCACACCGAACUGUUUAGACUGUAAGUGCCUUUCUAUGCAUCUAAUGUAUCUUUUUAAAUCCUCCUUCAUAAAGGAGCUCUACUUUCUGUGACCAAGGGACACUCGUUGAAAGAACUUCAGUAUUUAUGUACAGUCUAUGCAAAGAAACAUGUUUCUUUUUCUUAAUUCCAACCAUUGAGCCAUAGUGACUAAGUCAAAACCAAAAGGAAAUUUGUUUAUUUAUUUUUGUAUAUGAUGAAAUCCAAAGAAAACAUGUUGCAGAGAUACUUUGCAAUCUGACCCUAAACCUGUGUACUAUUCAUGUAUGAAAGGAAAAAGCAAAAAGCACAAAAGGAACAAUAUGCAGGACUUCUUUUCAAUAUUCAGAACUUUUCAGGUCUAAACAACAUCAAGAAAAAAGCAACUCACCUGGAUUUUUAUUAUUAUAAUUUUUUUGUACAAUCUUGGGGUACGGGAUACUUUGUGUGUCUUGAUUCUUUGCUUGUCUCCCCCUUUUAUGUGAAAUAGCUGAAACAUAAUGCAUUUCUCUAUGCCUUUUUUUUGGCCUUUUUUUUCCCCCACUCCCUAGCGAGGGGCGGGGCUUUGUGCGGAUAAAUGCUCAUCCCUUAUGUGACAGCAGCGGUGGCUUAAUCGGCUUUACACCCGGCUUUCAACCACUCUUGAGCUAAAGCUUCCUCUGCAGUGUGACAAAUGUUCCUUAGCUUUCAGCUGUUUUGGAGAUGCACUGAGCAGAGCCCUGUGAUCUCAUGAGUGGGACAUGAUUGCACAUACCCAGCUGAUGACACACUAAUCCCUGCUCAUGACGACUCGCGGGUGUUGGUUUGUGCUUUUGUAGAAACGGAGAGGCAGAGAGGCAUACGCCGGGGCUGAAUUAGUGACAAAGGAGUCUGUCACUGACUGACAGACAUUGUUUCUAUUUUAAUAAUUGAGUGAUGAUCAACAGUGGUCAGAGGCCUUGUUGUGGAUGCUUCAUUAGAUUCCAGGGGCUGCAUGAUGGAGCACUGAGUAACACUGAACCUCUCUCCCCUCCUCCCCCACCUGUUACCUCAUUACUUCCAGUCAGUGUUAAGUAACAGGUGUCUAUGUAUAAACUCCAAAUCUUUAGAGCAAAA